CUCGUGCAGUUCAGUCUGCCAAUCUGAUAGUGAGAAAGUUAGAGCGACCAAGGUUUCAUCACUAUUGCCGAUAACUAGCAGGUUUCAAAAAGCUAAUAUGAGCCAGUCUUGCUACAUCGGUGGAAAGAGAAACAACGUUUGCUCAUAGCGUUAUUAAUGGAAAUUUAAUUGCUUUUUUAAUGAUUUUGUGCAAAAAUUGAGAGAAAAACAUGAAUCAAUAGUAAGUUGUUAUUUAAUAAUUAUUGGAUAUAAAUACUUUCACGGAACUUUUUACCGAAGACACAGCUUGCACUGUACAAGUGGUAGCUGAAUUUUAUGGAAAUAUUUAAGUCUUGACCGCUGCUUCCUGGAUGAGUAAAAUAUUUUUUAUUCGCUUUACUGCAUUUAACGCAAAGUUACAUUUAAAAAAUUUAUUUGCAAAUUAAAUUUCAUAUUUCUCUAAAUGGCACAAAGGCUUCUUCUUAAUAUGAUAAUUCAAGAUAAGACAUGGAUAUGUGAUUUGUGAUAUAACGUCGAGUUUUUAUCAAAAAUAUAUGAACCAGAAAUUGCAGUUUUAAUGUCUUCUUCUAGAAAGGACAAAAUAUCCGAUUGUGUGAUAUCUUCCUCCGCCUAAGUUAUAAUUAGUGUAAUAAUGGAUUCAGACGCAAAACAAAAUAUGACUGUAGUUAGCUGUGCGCCAAAACGGACAAUGUGGAGCUUUCAAAAUAUUUUCAACACACUUUUUAUAAUAUUUUUAAUCUUAUCUUCUGUUGGACUAUGGGCAUGUUUAGUGGAAAUAAAUAAAUUAAAACAGUCUACUAAUUCAUUAGCUGAAACAAUAUCAUUAUUAAGAGAUAUACCCGGGUAUGAUAGGCUGCAUAGUGUGAAUGGAGUGUAUAUGGAUAUGCUUUAUGAAGGUAGAAAAUCUGAUCUUCAACCUGACAACAAUGAUGCAGACUUCACAACAGACAGUAAAGACAAAAAACUUGUAAAUAAGCGUGCAGCAGUGCCAAUAGGAAAGGCUUAUGACCCGCUUUCACCAGCUCCUCAAAAGGAUCUCACAGAAUACUGCGUGACGUUGUUAUCUCAAAAGUGCGGGUCUACAUUACCUGGUGCUCCAGCCGUUGGUCCCCCGGGGCCUCCAGGACCCCCGGGUCAUAAGGGAGAGCAAGGAAGACCGGGAGUGAUGGGACACAUGGGUCCACCAGGACUCAAUGGACAAAAGGGACAAAAAGGUGAGAAAGGAGAUACUGGAAGGGUUGGGGAACCAGGCGCAGACGGUCCCAAAGGACCUCCAGGUUUUCCUGGUGUAAACGGGAUACAAGGCUCGAAUGGAAGACGUGGAAAACGAGGAUUACCUGGUCGAGCUGGGAGACCUGGUGAAGAUGGAUUACCAGGACGGAAGGGAGAAAAGGGUGAGCCUGGGGACCCAGGUGGAACAUUUAACACGAAGGGCGGAAACUGCACAUGCAUUGGAAUAAAAGGAGAUAAGGGCCAGAGGGGUCUGUUAGGCUUUACGGGAUACAAAGGAGAUAAAGGAGAGGCAGGUCAGAAAGGGGAUAAAGGUUAUGGUAUGCAAGGGUUCCCAGGACCGAAAGGAUCUCAAGGGAUGAAAGGGGAAAAGGGAGACGCUGGAUAUUGUAUAGCAUCACGUUGCGGCGAUAAAUAUGUGAGACGAAAGGUCACAGAGCCAGGCUUCGACAGUUAUACUGUCAAAUCAGAGACAACAACGGAAAUGACUACAACAACAACUCUGCCACCGACAACAACUCCGUCUACCGUGCCACCAAGUAUCGAACCUAGAACCACAGUAUGUAGAAUAAAGAUGAUUGCCACGCCUGUUUUCAUCAAACGGGAACGUUCAUUGUAUGGGGCUAUUCUUAGUGACCCCUUGAUGCCCGGAAUAUUUUGGAUAACAAGGGGUUACCAUGGACAGUUCCUUGAACAGUAUAACUCGAUACAAAGACUUAAAAAGAGACUGGUAGACACCAAGUACAACCUGCAAAUAAAUAGAUACUUUGGUACCCAGCAUGCUGUUCAUAACAAUUCGUUUUAUUACCAGUUUAACGGGAAGCAGCACGUGGUACGUUACGAUUUAAAUAUUAAUGACGUCGUCGCCGCAACAAUUCCGAUUCCGAAAAGUCACUAUAACGACAGUAAUUACGUGUAUAAAGACAGCAAGAUAUAUUACGAUAUCACAGCAGACGAGAAUGGGCUGUGGAUCGUUUACGGAAGACCAAGGGGUGACGAAUCCUAUAUCCAUGUCAUAAAAGCUGAUCCUGUUACCAUGGACUUCAUUAGAGUUUGGAGGUUACCAAAGAAGAUCGGUGUCUAUAAAAACGGCUUCAUUGCAUGUGGAAUAUUGUAUUUGAUAAAGGAUUUGGAGCCCGAUCAGACAGAAACAGAAAUAGACUUUGCAUACGACUUCUACAGUGAUGAACAGAGGGAUGUAAACAUAAAGAUUAAACUACCGUUCAGAAAAAGCAAUAUGUUCACGUUUCACACUAAUACUUCAGAGAGAAAGAACAGUGUAUUGAUGGCAUGGGACAACGGCAAUAUAAUCAAAUACCCCUUGUUAUUUUAGUUUUCUUAAUGUACAUAAACGUAUGUUGUAAAAUGUAGAUACUUGGUUGCAAUGGGUGAUAUAAAGUACUAAAUGUUUUAUUUGAGUGUGACAGAUGAACAGUC